AUGUACACAUCUGUGAAGGCACAUAAUGAGCCAAUAUUGAAAAUAAUCAACCAUAAAAAAGGUGUGUUAUCCUUGUCUUUUGGUUCUAUCCGCUUAGGAACAUCUGAAGGAGUCACACUUUUCAAUAUUCAUUCAGAAGAACUAAAAGGUCUCAAUACAAUGUCAUAUACUUCAAAUACCCAAACUGAAUUGUUAGUUGCGGGCGACAAGGAUGCAACUGGUUCUCGGAUUUUUAAAGUUGAUACUGUUAAUCAUUGCAUCUCGGGUUCUUUUCAUUACCCACAUACUGUUGUCAUGAUGGAGACAAAUUUGAAGUAUAUUAUACUGGGAAGAAGCGAUGGCUUUAUUGAUAUAAUGGACCCUAAAACUCAUAACAUACUAAAGACUUUCAAGGGGCAUUCUUCAGGUAUUUCAGAUAUUUCCGUAAAGGACAAUAACCUUCUUACGAGUGGAUUUUCAGUGAAAAAAGAACAGUUUAUUCCUGACACUUUUGUGAAUUCGUUUGAUCUCAAAUCAUUAACUACUCUACCACCAAUCCCGUUUCCGGCGGGUGCUGCUAAAGUAUUUCACCAUCCGACGAUGCCAAAUGUAAUUUUGAUUUCAUCAUCUGCCGGUCAUAUGAAUUUUUUAGAUGUGAAAAAUCCUACAAGGCUGAAUAUAUAUCAGGCAGAAAUUUCUACAUAUAUCACUGCAUUUGAUAUGGCAACAUCGGGUUCGUUUUUGGCUUUUGUUGAUGGAUCGCAUAAAUUGAGUUUGUGGUCAAGCAAGUCCAACGAACCGAAUUCAGGAUUUGCUCUUUUUAACUCUCCUCUAACUUACCCGACACCCGUCAGCGAGGUAAUACCUGCAGAAAAUCAUAUUGUUUCUCCUGAAAGCCCACUGAGUUUAGUUAAAGUUCCCCCAUUUCAUACGCCACUAUUAUCCGCAUUUCCUAGUGACCUCGUUUUCAAAGUGGGGGCUUUGCCUAGGCAAAUCGAUCCAGAGAUUCAAAGAAGCUCAGAAGUAGUUAAUGGGGUAGUCGUGGCACGAUAUAAUCGGGAAAAGUUUGGGCCAAGAAACCUUGCAAACAAGUACACCAGUAUUUCGUCACUAACAAAAAAUGGGACAGUAAUUCCCCGGUUCUUAAGUGAAAAGGAUGAUGACAGUGAAAUCGAUGAUUACGAAAAUGCUCAAAAUAAAAUAAAGGAAGAGGCCAUAGCAAAUGAAAUAUUUAGUUUAAAAUCUACAAAUAACGAUGUACCCAAUGCUUACAAACAGCUAUCAAUAUUAUACAGUAAGUUCGGUGUCGACGAUUUCGAUUUCGACAUAUACAAUAAAACCAAAUACUCUGGUCUUGAAAUUAAUUCAGGAAACUCAUUUUUGAAUCCAAUCUUACAAUUGUACAGAUUUAUUGCUCCAAUAUUCAACCAUGCACUUUUGUCUCUAUCAGAAGAUGUUACUAUGGAACCAAACUUACUUGUUGAAUUGGGGUACUUAUAUGAUAUGAUGAACAAAUCAAAUGGUAAGCAUUGUGCUGCUUCCAAUUUUCAAAUUAUCUUCUCUCAACUUGAAAAGGCUAAACAACUUGGUCUAACAAAAGAUACAAGUAUGUCUCGGGAUGACUUCAAACAAAGAAGGCUAAUACAAACAUUUAAUAGAUUUUUAUUGGAUAGACUAGCGCUUGAUGAGUGUAAACUUUACGGGACGGAGCAACCCAAUAGAUUAAACGACAUAUGCGGAGUUCUAACAGAAACUAACAUAUUUUCAAACUUUUGCUCUUUAACUCACAAGCGGGUAGCAAUGUAUCACUCAAUUGACAUUAACACGUUACCAUCACUGCUCACAAUUCCUACCACAGUUACUAUUUUGAACUAUAUGGAAGCUUCAAUAAACAAACAUGCCCAACAAAGUAUAACUUGUGAAAACUGUGCUCAAAUUCACCCCGUUAAUGCGUCUCUAACCAUUAACAAAUUAUCACAUGUGGUUGUACUUAACAUUGACUUAACGAAUCAUCAAAUGAACGAGAUAAGGUACUUGACGGGAUGGUUAGUUCCAAAUUUUUAUUAUGCUCUUUCUCCGUUAGGAACCCCAGUGCUAAGAACAAAUACAAUUGGGGGAACAGCAACAGAUAUGAAAAGAUACGAACUUAUAGGAUACACUGCACAAAUUACCAAUAGAGACAAUGAAAGUCAUUUGGUGACCUACUCUAAAAUACGGAAGAACGCAAACGAUUCAGGUACAUGGUAUCUUUUCAAUGAUUUUCUGUCCAUGGAGGUUACAGAAGAAGAAGUGCUACAGGUUGCACAUUGGUGGAAAAAACCUGUUGUUGUUGUCUAUAAAGAAGUCGGAAUUUAUGAUGAGUUUAACCCUAAUAUAUAUAUGGAAAAUUUGAAUAAAGAUAUUCUCUAUAGAGAUCAAUUUGUGAGUGGUGAUAGAGAAAACAAACUUAUUGAUUACACUCUAUUAAGUAAGGAUGAAGAAAUCAAACCAGGAACGUUAGUUGCUCUUGAUGCAGAAUUUGUUGAGCUUUCUCCCGCAGAAUAUGAAUUUAAUAGUGACGGAUCUAAAACCCUGGUGAGGCCUGCAAAACUUUCACUUGCUCGAAUAUCUGUAGUUAGAGGAGAGGGUAAGAGGGAAGGCGAGUGUUUUAUCGAUGAUUAUAUUGCAACUGAUGAGCCAGUCCAUGACUACAAAACUGCAUAUUCCGGAAUCACUCACGGAGAUUUAGAUCCCAAAGUUUCAAACAAAAGUUUGGUCCAUCUGCAAGUUGCUUAUAGAAGAAUAUGGCUUCUCCUAAACAUGGGAUGUGUAUUCAUUGGACACUGGCUUUCAAGUGAUUUUAGAAUGAUAAAUAUUUAUAUUCCACCUACACAAGUCCGAGACACAGGAAAGUUGUUCUAUUUGAAAAAGGAAAGACGUAAACUAGGUUUGAAAUUCUUAGCUCACCAUGUAUUAAAGAAAGACGUCCAGAUGAGCAACCAUAAUUCCAUAGAGGAUGCAGUUUCAUCACUACUUUUGUACAAAGAAUACCUAAAAUUGAAGGAAUCAGGCCAGUUCGAUAGCGUUCUCUCUAAAAUAUAUCUUGAGGGACAGUUUUCGAAUUUCAAGAUUCCGACUGAAAUAACUUUAAGGAAGGGAUAA